AUGGAAGUUUAUCAAGAUUUUUUGACUUAUAAAGGAGGUAUUUAUAAGCACACGACGGGGAAUCUUGUAGGAUACACUUCUGUUAAAGUGAUUGGAUGGGGUAAUCAGAACGGAACAAACUACUGAAUAGCAGCAAACGCUUGGGGAACUAGUUGGGGUCUGCAAGGAUAUUUUUGGAUUGCUUUCGGUCAGUGCAAUUUUGACGUUGAAGCUAUAGCUGGAAAACCUGAUUAUGAACCUGAAUAA